AUGGCUCAAGCAAUCAAGAAUGUUAUGGUGAUGGGCGCUGGAGGUCUCUUUGGCACUGAGGUCUUUGUAGCACUCCAAAAAGCAAACGCUUUCAACUUAACCGUUCUCUCCCGCAAAUGUUCGAAGUCUACCUUCCCUUCGAACAUCAAGGUCUACAAGGUAGAUGACGAUUAUCCACUCGAUCAGCUCGUUGAAGCCUUCAAAGGUCACGAUGCCCUUGUCUCAGCGCUGCCUGGACGACCCUAUACAGUUCACCUUCGCAUGAUCGAUGCUGCUGUACAAGCAGGAGUCAAGCGUUUCAUCCCUUCUGAAUAUGGCAACAACACCUGCACCGCAGCUGCCGAUCUUGUUCCCCUUUACGCCGACAAGGCUAAGAUCCUCGCGUACCUAAAGACCAAAGAGAGUACUGGAUUGAGUUGGACAGCUAUUCAUGCAGGACAAUUCUUUGAUUGGGGUCUCGAGAGCGGAUGGCUCGACUAUCAUUUGGAGGAAAAACGUGUUACGAUCUACGAUUCCGGCGAGAAGCCGUGGUCGACUACAAGCAUGGGAACAGUAGCCGCUGCUGUGGGCAGGGUGCUUUUGAAGCCCGAUGAGACGAAGAACAAGCCUAUGUUUGUGGCAUCCUUCACCGUGUCACAAUUACAGGUUCUUGAGGAAUUGGAGAAAGCGACCGGCGCGAAGUGGGACGUUCAGAGAAUGACUGAAGAGGCAGCUUUGGAGAAAGCCAAGAGGCUGGAUAACAAGGACCACUCUGAGGGCUUGAAGCUACUCAUUCUGAUGCUGCUCUACGCCGAUGGCACGGACAGAGGCGCGAAUUUUGAGAAGGAUGGUUUGCUAUGCAACAAGCUACUUGAGCUGCCAGAGGAGAAUCUGAGUGAGAUUAUCGCGCGAGUUGUCAAGCAGCAAGCCUCGUAA